AAUACUAGGAGGGAAGGAUCGUGUAAUCCACCGAACCGAGCUCGAGCCAAAAAUCCAUGGCGUCUCCGUCGAUCUGCUGGCUUUCAAUCCCCGGUUCUUUCUAUACCAAGCCCCGCCUUGUUUCUUCGUCUUCUUCUUUUUCGUCGCUUCCCCUACAGAACCGUGAUAAGCUGUGUAAAAAGGGGAAAGUCGAGCGAGUGAUUUGCAGAGCGGAGUUUUCACAGGACGCGCCUCUCGCGUCGGCCAUUGGCGCGUGCAUCCUGAGCUCGUUUGUGUUCCCGGUGGCGAAGCGAGUCGACGAAGAUGAAGAAGAGAACUCUGCGAUUGUUUCAACAGAUAUGAGAUUAGCCGCCAUGGGAAUCAUCAGCUUCAUCCCUUACUUCAAUUGGCUGAGUUGGGUCUUCGCUUGGCUUGACACCGGAAAAACACGUUACGCUGUGUAUGCUCUCGUUUAUAUUCUCCCCUAUUUGAGCUCAAAUCUAUCCAUUUCCCCGGAAGAUAGCUGGUUGCCUAUUACAAGCAUCGUUUUGGGCAUCAUUCAUGUUCAGCUCGAAGCAAGCAUUGCAAAUGGUGAUGUUCAGACGCUUCGAUUCUUUAGAGACACAUCUGAAGACUUUUCAUCAAAGAAACGUAAACAUUUUGACAAACGUUCCAAGGAGAAAGACAGUGACAAUUAAAAUCUAAAAAGAAAGCCCCAAAGACACGAAGAGAGAAACGAGGAUAGAUGAUGAUGAUGAUGAUGGUGGUUAGUUUUGUAAGAGACCCCAAAUACUUGAAUAAAAAGAAAUCUUUGAAACUGAAAUGCAAUAUAGCUAAGACAAUUUCAC